AUGCAGCACAAUCUCAAGCUACAGCUCGAAGUAGAAGCACUUCAGCGCAAGGCGCAAUCUUUAUAUCAAGCACUUUUUGACCCCGACAAUCGCAUCCACGAGACUAACGUGAUGGCGAAGGUAAAGCUCCACGGUGAGAUUCGCCAACUUGAGAAGUCACUUGAUGCAGCCAACAGCAAGAAUGAGACUCUCGUUAAGAAGAACAAGGACUUGGAGUCAUGUAACAAGGGUCUCAUUACUGAGAAUGAAGAGCUUGUUAAGAAGAGUCAGGAGCUGGAGUCGAGUAACAAAGAUCUUGUUACUGAGAACGAAGCCCUUGCUGAGGAAAACAGGGACAUAGGUUCAGAUAACGGAGCUCUUAUUGCUACGAGCCAGGACCUCUUGACUAAAAUUGCUCUUGCAAGAGAUGCUGCCAAGAGUUAUAAGGAGCUUCUCACGGCAAAAAACCGAGCUUUAGAGAGCAGUAAUAAAGUCCCCGCCAAGGAAAUUACAGCUCUCAAGGCCAGCAAUCAAUGUGUUGUAGCCAAGAGCAGCAAGCUCAAAGAGAGAUUUGAGCAAUCAGUAAUUGCGACAAAGUCUUGCAAGGAGCGCCUCGACAAAAUUGCUUCCAAAGUCAAGGAGCUAGAAAACAGCAAAAAUGCCCUCGCUGCACAAAACAAGGACCUCAUGGAUAGAAAUGCAGCUCUUGCUGAUAUGAACAAGCGACUUGAAGAGAGCCUCGAAAAGGUUGUCACAGAUGCGAAAUAUUCGCUGCAAUCAUUGAGCUGA